CCCAAAUUCAGCAGCUACUUUGGCGGCAGAGUUCGCAGCAUUCAGGAUGAUGGUAACAGAAGUCCUCAGUUACCUCCAAGGACAAAUGGAGGCACUCGCUCGAGACGUUGAGUCGUUAGAGAUGAGGGGUCGCCGAAAAAUACUCCUCCUGCAUGGUGUUACCGAACAGUCUAAAGAGGAUACUGCCCAGGUGGUCGCUGGCGUGAUGCUGGAGCACGUAAAAUUUGCAGACUUCUCUGUUGCUGCCGUACGGAGGUGCCAUAGGACGGGCUGCAAUAACAACGGAAGCAAACCACGACCAAUACUCCUCAAGUUAAGGGACGUGGAAGUUCGAGAUAAGAUGUGGUUCGAGAAGACGAAGUUGAAGGGUUCCAGCAUCACUCUAUCAGAAUUUCUGACGAAGACGCGGCACGACGCUUUCAUGAUGGCACGUGAGAAGUUCGGCAACUCCAACUGCUGGACUCAGCGAGGCGAGGUGUUUUUACUGGGUGCCGACGGUACCAAGCGCCGGGUUCUCAACACACGAGAUGUUAUUUUGCGAUAGCUGAUUCUCCAGAAGGCCCUGUCAAGCACGUCGCAAUAUCUCCAGCUUUUGUAUCACCCGCCAUAGUCGCUGCUGCUGUACCACGAAAGAAGCGGGCUGUGGCAGUUAGGAAAUAGUGUUUGCAGCUGUAUUUCGAGUUCGCAUGGCUGCUUCACGGUAACCUUUUAC